AACAGUUAUGGCAGCAACAACAGUUAUGGCAGCAACAACAGUUAUGGCAGCAACAACAACAGUUAUGGCAGCAAAUCCAGUUAUGGCAACUACGACAGUUAUGUCAGCAGCAACAACAGUUAUGGCAGCAACAAAAACAGUUAUGGCAGCAACAACAACAGUUAUGGCAGCAACAACAGUUAUGGCAACAACAACAACAGUUAUGGCAGCAACAACAACAGUUACAACAGCAACAACAGUUAUGGCAGAAAUAACAACAGUCAUGGCAUCAACAACAUUUAUGGCAGCAACAACAACAGUUAUAGCAGCAACAACAACAGUUAUGGCAGCAACAACAGUUAUGGCAACAACAACAACAGU